CCAUUUUCUGAAGCGGCGAAGGAGGUGGUGGCUGCGUUGGGCUCCUGGAAGCCGUCCGAGCUGGGGCUGUCGUCCGCGGGGCGGAGGCUCUCGCGCGGGGGGUAACUCGGGUCUGGGUUCUGGUGCCCAACAGCUCUCCCUGUCUAAAAGUUGGUUUUAAUUGGUUGCCCACAGGAUUGACUUGGCCUCUACUUCUUGUUAAGAAAAUACAUCUCUUAUAUUAUCAGGUGUGUGUGGUUUCAGCGCAGCAUGGCUGUGGUCAUCCGUUUGCAAGGUCUCCCAAUUGUGGCGGGGACCAUGGACAUUCGCCACUUCUUCUCUGGAUUGACCAUCCCUGAUGGGGGCGUGCAUAUUGUAGGGGGUGAACUGGGUGAGGCUUUCAUCGUUUUUGCCACUGAUGAAGAUGCAAGGCUUGGUAUGAUGUGCACAGGUGGUACAAUUAAAGGGUCAAAAGUAACACUAUUGUUGAGUAGUAAAACAGAAAUGCAGAAUAUGAUUGAACUGAGUCGUAGGCGGUUUGAAACUGCCAACUUAGAUAUACCACCAGCAAAUACUAGUAGAUCGGGACCUCCACCGAGCUCAGGAAUGAGUGCCAGGGUAAACUUGCCUACAACAGUACCCAACUUUAAUAAUCCCUCACCCAGUGUAGUUACUGCUACCACUUCUGUUCACGAAAGCAGCAAAAACAUACAGACAUUUUCCACAGCCAGUGUAGGAACUGCUCCUCCAAGUAUUGGGACUUCCUUUGGGAGCCCAACAUUUAGCUCAACUGUUCCCAGUACAGCCUCUCCAAUGAACACUGUCCCACCACCACCAAUUCCUCCAAUCCCAGCGAUGCCAUCUUUGCCACCGAUGCCGUCCAUUCCUCCGAUACCAGUUCCUCCUCCAGUACCUACCUUGCCUCCGGUGCCUCCUGUGCCCCCGAUUCCCCCGGUCCCUUCUGUACCACCUAUGGCCCCACUGCCACCUAUGUCGGGCAUGCCACCCUUGAAUCCGCCACCUGUAGCACCUCUGCCUGCUGGAAUGAAUGGCUCCGGAGCACCUUUGAAUCUGAAUAAUAACCUGAACCCUAUGUUUCUGGGUCCAUUGAAUCCUGUUAAUCCUAUCCAGCUGAACUCUCAAAGCAGUAUGAAGCCACUUCCCAUCAAUCCUGAUGAUCUGUAUGUCAGUGUGCAUGGAAUGCCCUUUUCUGCGAUGGAAAAUGAUGUUAGAGAAUUUUUCCAUGGGCUCCGUGUUGAUGCAGUUCAUUUGUUGAAAGAUCAUGUAGGCCGAAAUAAUGGGAAUGGAUUGGUUAAAUUUCUCUCCCCUCAAGAUACAUUUGAAGCUUUGAAACGAAACAGAAUGCUGAUGAUUCAACGCUAUGUGGAAGUUAGCCCUGCCACAGAGAGACAGUGGGUAGCUGCUGGAGGCCAUAUCACUUUUAAGCAAAGUAUGGGACCUACUGGACAAACUCAUCCCCCUCCUCCGACACUUCCCAGGUCAAAAUCGCCCACUGGGCAGAAAAGGUCAAGGUCAAGAUCACCGCAUGAGGCUGGUUUUUGCGUUUACUUGAAAGGGCUGCCUUUUGAAGCAGAAAACAAACAUGUCAUUGAUUUUUUUAAGAAGUUGGAUAUUGUAGAAGAUAGUAUUUAUAUAGCUUAUGGACCCAAUGGGAAAGCAACUGGCGAAGGCUUUGUUGAGUUCAGGAAUGAGGCUGACUAUAAGGCUGCUUUGUGUCGUCAUAAACAGUACAUGGGCAGUCGUUUUAUUCAAGUUCAUCCAAUUACUAAGAAAGGUAUGCUAGAAAAGAUAGAUAUGAUUCGAAAAAGACUGCAGAACUUCAGUUAUGACCAGAGGGAAAUGAUGUUAAAUCCGGAGGGAGAUGUCAACUCUGCCAAAGUUUGUGCUCACAUAACAAAUAUUCCAUUCAGCAUUACCAAGAUGGAUGUUCUUCAGUUUCUGGAAGGAAUUCCAGUGGAUGAGAAUGCUGUACAUGUUCUGGUUGAUAACAAUGGGCAAGGUCUAGGACAGGCAUUGGUUCAAUUUAAAAAUGAAGAUGAUGCACGUAAGUCUGAACACUUACACCGUAAAAAACUAAAUGGGAGAGAAGCUUUUGUUCAUGUAGUUUCCCUAGAAGACAUGAGAGAAAUUGAGAAAAACCCCCCUGCCCAAGGGAAAAAGGGGUUAAAGCUGCCUGUGCCAGGUAAUCCGGCGGUACCAGGGUUGCCCAGUGCAGGAUUGCCCAGUGUGGCAUUGCCCAGUGCAGGUAUACCCAGUACAGGAAUACCCAGUACCGGAAUUCCUGGUGCUGGAAUGCCUGGCCCGGGAAUCCCCAGUGCGGGACUACCUGGUGCAGGAAUGCCUGGUGCAGGAGUACCGAGUGGAGGAUUGCCCAAUGCAGGAUUGCCUAGUAGUGGAGGUGAAGAGCAUCCCUUCUUAGCUGUAGGAUCAAAGGAGGCGAGCAAUGGGCCUCCAUUUAACUUUCCUGGUAAUUUUGGUGGAUCAAAUGCCUUUGGGCCACCACUCCCUCCUCCAGGAUUAGGAGGGGCAUUUGGUGAUGGUAGACCUGGUAUGCCUUCAGUUGGAAGUGGUGGCCUGCCUGGUCUAGGACUGGAUGUUCCAGGUUUUGGAGGUGGACCAAAUAAUUUAAGUGGGCCAUCAGGAUUUGGUGGAGGACCUCAGAAUUUUGGAAAUGGUCCUGGUAGUUUAGGUGGCCCCCCUGCCUUUGCAAGUGGUCCUCCUGGUCUUGGAACUGCCCCUGGGCAUUUGAGUGGACCACCAGCCUUUGGGCCUGGGCCAGGGCCUGGGCCUGGGCCAAUCCAUAUUGGUGGUCCGCCUGGGUUUGGAUCUAGUUCUGGAAAACCAGGGCCUACAGUAAUUAAGGUGCAGAACAUGCCCUUCACUGUGUCUAUCGAUGAGAUUCUAGAUUUCUUUUAUGGCUAUCAGGUGAUUCCAGGUUCAGUAUGUUUGAAAUACAAUGAAAAAGGUAUGCCCACAGGUGAGGCCAUGGUGGCUUUUGAAUCUCGGGAUGAAGCCACGGCUGCUGUUAUUGACUUAAAUGACAGACCUAUAGGCUCAAGGAAAUUGAAAUUGAUGGCUCGCUGUGUGACCUUGGUUCAGCUUUCGGUUUCCUGUGAACACCUCAUUGACAAGGACGUCGGCUCCAAGUCUGACCCACUCUGCGUCCUUUUUCAGGAUGUGGGAGGGGGCAGCUGGGCAGAGCUUGGCCGGACUGAGAGAGUACGGAAUUGCUCAAGCCCUGAGUUCUCCAAGACUCUGCAGCUGGAGUACCACUUUGAGACUGUCCAGAAGCUACGCUUUGGAGUCUACGACAUAGACAACAAGACACCAGAGCUGGGAGAUGAUGACUUUCUUGGUGGAGCUGAAUGUUCGCUAGGACAGAUUGUGUCUAGCCAGUUGCUAACUCUGCCCUUGAUGUUGAAGCCUGGAAAGCCUGCUGGGCGGGGAACCAUAACGGUCUCUGCUCAAGAACUCAAAGAUGGUCGCGUAGUCACCAUGGAGGUAGCGGCCAGAAAUCUAGACAAGAAGGACUUUCUGGGAAAAUCAGAUCCAUUCCUGGAAUUCUUCCGCCAAGGUGAUGGGAAGUGGCACCUGACAUACAGAUCAGAGGUAAUCAAGAACAAUCUGAAUCCUACAUGGAAGCGCUUCUCAGUCCCACUUCAGCAUUUCUGCGGCGGGGACCCCAGCACACCCAUCCAAGUACGGUGCUCAGACUAUGACAGUGAUGGCUCACAUGAUCUCAUUGGUACCUUCCACACCAGUUUGUCUGAACUGCAAAAGGUCCCGACUGAAUUUGAAUGCAUCCACCCUGAGAAACAGCAAAAAAAGAAAAGCUACAAGAAUUCUGGAACUAUCUGUGUCAAAGUAUGCCAGGUGGAAACAGAGUACUCCUUCCUUGACUAUGUGAUGGGAGGCUGUCAGAUCAGCUUUACUGUUGGUGUGGACUUCACUGGGUCCAAUGGAGACCCCUCGUCACCUGACUCCCUGCACUACCUGAGUCCAACAGGGGUCAACGAGUACCUGACAGCACUGUGGAGCGUGGGCAGCGUGGUUCAGGACUAUGACUCGGACAAGCUGUUCCCAGCCUUUGGAUUUGGGGCCCAGGUGCCCCCUCACUGGCAGGUCUCACAUGAAUUUGCCUUGAAUUUCAACCCCAGUAACCCCUAUUGUGCAGGCAUCCAGGGCAUUGUGGAUGCAUACCGCCAGGCUCUGCCCCAAGUUCGUCUUUAUGGCCCCACCAAUUUUGCACCCAUCAUCAACCAUGUGGCCAGAUUUGCAGCUCAGGCUGCACAGCAGGGGACUGCCUCGCAAUACUUCGUGCUGUUGUUGCUGACGGACGGUGCUGUAACUGACGUCGAUGCCACCUGUGAGGCAGUGGUGCGUGCCUCAAACCUGCCCAUGUCAGUAAUCAUUGUGGGAGUGGGCAAUGCUGACUUCGAGGCCAUGGAGCAGCUGGAUGCUGAUGGUGGACCCCUGCGUACACGUUUUGGGGAGGCAGCUGCCCGCGACAUAGUGCAGUUUGUGCCCUUCCGUCGAUUCCAGAAUGCCCCUCGGGAAGCGUUGGCGCAGACUGUGCUUGCAGAAGUGCCCACACAACUAGUUUCCUACUUCAAGGCCCGGGGUUGGCCUCCAUUCAAGCCACUUCCUCCCCCAGGAAAGGGCCCUGCACAGACCCCUCCGCCCUAGAUUUCCUUGGGGAGUAGGUGAGACCAAUUAUCUUCCCUGUGUCCCCAAGAUCCUAUCCCUGUAUGCUGCCCCCAAUGCUAGCUCAUAUUUGAUACUUUUGUAAUCUUGCACUUUAUAUUUGAUACUUUUAUACUUGCUGUGCUGUUGCUGCCCUGGAGCCUGACUCCUUGCCUCUGGUACCCCUUGUUCAAUAAAGACAACUGGAGAUCA